ACAUUUCGCAAUCCGGUUUCUUAACAAGUUGAUGUGAUUAAUUACUUUUGCCAAAUUGUGUCUUCUUGGUAAGACUUUGGUGUUUUAUAGUGUAGUUUGGCAACUUCAGCAUUGAACCUUUAUAGCGUACAGACAAAACAGAGUAACAUUUGACGUGAAGUGACACUGAGUCACAGAUAAAACCGAGCACUUCCGGGAACAACCCGGCCUGACCUUAUUCAGUUAUUGUUGAUCUACCUCAGUGAUGAGUUACCCGUAUGGAGGGGGUGCACCGGGGGGCUACCCACCCGCUGGUGGCGGAGGGUUUCCACCAACAGGUGGACAACCCGGAUAUCCACCGCAGGGUCAGCCCGGCUACCCACCACAGCCAGGAUAUCCCGGGGCUGGAGGGGCUGGACCCGGAUACCCCGGAGGAGGUCCAGGCUCGGGGGCACAGGUUGCCAUGCCCACGUUUGAGUCUGCUCAAGCAGCUGCUUAUGGUUCAGCUCCUGGAGGGAUGCCUGGUUAUGCACCCCAGCCAGGUGGUCCAGGACAGAUGGGUUUUGGAGGGAGUGCUCCGGGAAUGCCUCAAGGGCCUGGUAUGCCUGGAGGGCCCCCUGGUGGUGGAAUGCCACCGGUAGCAAUGCCGAAUGCCCCUGGAGCUGGACAGCCAACCUACCAACAACAGAUGCCUCAAUCUGGCUAUGGCAGUGCCCCUGGUUACCCUUCACAACCUCCUCAGGGAGGGGGAUACGGUUCAGCACCAGGUGGUGCUUACGGCCAGCCUCCGAGUGGAGUCCCUGGUCAGCCAGCCGCAGGAGGGUACGGUCAACCUCCUCAACAAGGCGGUUACAGCCAGCCUCCCCAGCAGGGAGGUUACGGGCAGCCACAGAUGAACCCUGGGUACGGAGCUCCAGGUGGGUAUCAGCCCCAGGGGUCAGCACCACCAGCCGGAGGUUACGGGACCGGAUACACACCUCAAGCAGGAGGAUCUGCUAGUACAGGAUACAAGAUACAGGAACAAGGGACAGUGCAGCCAGCAAGAAAUUUCAAUGCUGAGACUGAUGCCCAGAUCCUAAGGAAGGCGAUGAAGGGAUUCGGAACUGAUGAAAAGGCUAUUGUAGAUAUCUUGGGUUACCGUAGUAACGAGCAGAGAAUGCAGAUCAAACUGAUGUACAAGACGUGCUUUGGCAGGGACUUAGUCAAGGACCUGAAGAGUGAGUUGUCGCGUAACUUCGAGCAGGCCGUUAUCGCCCUGAUGAUGAAACCCGAGGAGUAUGACGCGUAUGAGUUAAAGCGAGCCAUGAAAGGUCUGGGAACGGACGAAGGAGCUAUCAUGGAAAUUCUGUGCACCAGGAACAACAAACAGAUUCAGAGCAUUGUGGCAGCAUACAAAAUGAUGUACGGCCGCACCCUGGAACAAGAUGUCAUCAGUGAUACUUCGGGUCACUUCAGAAAACUGUUGGUUUCCAUGACAACUGGUGGCCGUAUGGAGAACCAGCCUGUGGACAUGACGAAGGCACAAACCGAUGCUCAGAGGUUAUACCAAGCGGGUGAGAAGAGAUGGGGCACGGACGAGAACACGUUCAAUUCGAUUAUCGCGUCGCAGAGUUACGAGCAGCUGCGCGCGGUCUUCGACGCCUACAGCCGUCUGUCGAACCACGACAUCGAGAAGGCCAUCAGCAGCGAGUUCUCGGGAAACGUCGAGGUUGGCUUGAAGACAAUCAUACAAUGUGUACGCAACCGAACAGCCUACUUCGCAGACAGACUUUACCAUUCUAUGAAAGGUGCAGGAACGGAUGACAGGACUCUGAUUCGCGUGGUUGUCACGCGUUGUGAGGUCGACAUGGUGCAGAUUAAACAGGAAUUCCAGAAACGAUACGGCAAAACACUUGAGGCGUUCGUCAGGGAUGAUAUCUCCGGAGAUUAUCGACGUAUCAUCAUGGCUCUGAUCGGUGGAGUGCCCUAAUCUACACAGACUGAGUAGCUGAUGAGCAUGCACAGAACAGCAACUUUUAGAAUUUAAUUAGCUAAUAGAUUAAGCAGGUCUAAUUAUACAAAUUACACGCUCAACUGUAAAUAGUGGCAGCAAGAUGUUGCUGUUGAUUGUCAAACUCUCCCAGGUUUAGGUUACAGUGGUGGCCUUUUGGCUUUCUUUGGUCAGAUUUUUAGGUUUUUGGACUGCAUUUUUAUGUUCCAACUGGGCCAUCAAAAUGUUUCUUCAUUUUUAUUUUGAUAUUCAAAGUACUCAUUUUUGCUUUUGAACAUUUAGUCAUUUAAUAAUCCUUUACACAAUUAAUUAUUUCAUAUUGUAAUGAAUAUUAUGACGAUGAUGAUGACGAUAAUGAUGAUGCUGAUGACGCCGACGAUGAUGAUGAUGAUGAUGAUGAUAACGACGUUGACUAUGCCAAAUGGAUAUAGUGCUACAUUGUGAGGCCUCUUCAUUGAGCCAAGCUACUUGAUAGAUGUGGGUUCUUCCCAUAAAACUGAUGGCAAAUAAAGGGUAUGGCAAAGCAUACAGUAUUCACUCUGGCUUUAAACAGUUGUUUUUCAAGUCACCAAAUGUGAUUUAUUUUGGCAAAUGUAUUUUAUAAAAUUUAUUUUGCAGCAUCACAAAUUUAAAAAUCAAAUAAAUCCAAUUCUACAAAUAUGAGUUGUUAUAUUUUUUUGGUUAAUUCAAUCCUGAAUUGAGCUGUAGAUGUUUUAAUUUGCUAAAUUUGGGUUCUCGUUCCACCCGUUCUGUUUGUGGGAAAGAUGACAUAAGAAACGAGAUGUUAAUAACAAAAAGAAGACAGAUAGAAUUAGUGGCAGUUUGUUUGUGUACUCAUUCUUAAACAUAUCACUUGUUGAUCUUCAGUACCAAAUACACACAGAGUAACAGUGAGUUGAGAUCUUAUCAGCUAACUCCUAUUUUAGUGUCUAUCUAGCCUGCAUUAUCAGGUGCAUAGCGUGGUUGGGACCUGGUGCGGGCGGUGCGGGCGGUGGGGGGGGGGGGGGGGGGGGGGCAUGUGUUCAGAUAUGAUCUUAGCGGACCCUUUUGUUCACAUUCUCCCUGAACACCUAAUAUAGGAAUAGCCUAAUAUUGCACUGUCACAAACUGUUUUAACCUCUGUGUAUGUAAGGGUUUGGACGACCCUCACCCACCCAGCCUAUGCCCCUGAUUAUGUGUUCCAGUGGCCAAUAUUUUGUUCUGCAAUUUAAAUAUGAAUAAUGUUUGAGUGAUUCUACGUUGACAUAGUUGUAGUCGUACCAUAUCAUGUGCUAGUACUUUCCUUUCUUUGUUGUUUUUGGAUAGCUGUUAGAUUUCACCACAUUAGCUUCAAUUUAGAAUGUUUUAUAGACACUUAGGUGAAUACUCAAUAUAUCUUUGUUGUUUGUAAUGUUUAGAUAGGAGUGAAUACUUUAACAAUUUCGUAUAUUUUAUAUUCAGUGUUUUGUUUUGCUUAUAAGCGUAAUACAAAAAUGUAAAUAAUAAACUAAAGAUGGAACAUACUUAGUAAAAAUGACGAGAAGAAAAGAACAUUAAAUUUCUGUGUAGAAUACUUGUACCAAUAGAUUAACAGCAAUGCCGGGGAUAAAACUGGUUUUGUCUGGGUCGACCCAAAACUGUAUGUGGUUGUCAUUGUUGAAAAAAAAAUCAUGUGUGAAGGAACAUUUAGUCAUGUGUCAAAUAAUAUGCUAAAUUAGCAUGAUCGCUUAUCGAUGGGUAAAAUUAUGGAUUGGGGGUGGCUGAGAUGGGAGCUAGCUAGCUUCGACACAGAUUAGAAUUUAGCCAUAUAAUACGACAGUAAUUCAAGUUUGUUUAAAAGUAAUGUUUAUGUAUCACAUACACUAUUUCAGGCAUUAGAUGCGAUGCACUAUUUUGUUUGAUGUUGCGCUUUCACAUACAUUUCUUUUACAGCUUACUUUUGAUAGAUUUCCUUGUUUGAUAUAAAGCCAAUUGUUGUAUUUAUGGCUUCAUUCUGAUCACAGUUGCAGUUGUCCUUUGUAUAAAAAUAUAUUGAUAUACAAAUAUAUAUUAUAUAUAUUUAUUGCAUAACAUUUUUGGGUUCUUUUUUACAAUUAAGUGUUAAAUUAAAUAUUAUCUUAUUAAAAGACUUACCUUGAAUGUUUCCAAAUAUCUACUAUUUUGUAUUAUUUUUUAAAAGUAUAUUUUUACUGUAUAUUUCAUAUUAUUAGUUACUCGAAGCUGAAGAACACUGGCAAUGUAUGAAAGCUUUGUGUUGUCUUUUCAGUGAAAUAAACAAGUAAUACUGUGGUUAUUAAGCAUUCGUUUGUACUUGGAAUAACAGACAUUUUACAUUAAACAGAAAACAUUACAGCUUACAAUUUUGAUGUUAUACUUUAAAAAAACCUAACCUUAUGUGUGAUUGUCAUGUUUUUGUCCUGCACUCUUAGACAGUGGUUCACAUUUACAUACGGUAAUUAUGUCAUGGGUGUUCGGGUUGUUGUUCGAGUUUCAAGGUGUUUGAUUAGUAUCAGUUGUUUGAACAGUUAUGUGUGUUACAUCAUAUUGGUGGUGUUCAUAUAGUGUAGCACACAUUAUUCCAGCAGUUUUAAGCACUUUCCAGGGUGAAAAUGUUUUUUGAGCACUUUCCAGGAAUUUCCAGGAUGCGUGCGAACCCUGGAGAACCAGUGUACUUGCUAAUGUUAAGCAUUCAUUUUCCGAGUUUCUGUAAGUAAUUUCUCUGCUGUAAAUUAUAUGAAAGUGCCUUAAGUAUACACAACAUUUGAUACCAGGAUAAAGGAUAACCUGAAAGGGACAAUCAUUCUGACUGACCGAUCCUUGAGAAGAACCAACAUUACACAUUAAGUACCUUUUCUUGUUCACAAUACCAGUGUAUAUAUAUACAUCGUGUAUACCAGUGUAUAUACAUACAUCAUGUAUACCAGUGUAUAUACAUACACCGUGUUUCAAAUCCUCAUGUUUGUACUACGUCAAACUUCGUUUUGCUUCCAAAUAUAUAUUUCUUAUAUGUUUGGAAACAAAAUCCAGAAACGUGUUUUAUAUAUAGACACUAAUAUUCUAAAAACAAACCCCAAGACAUGUAAUUUGUCUUUUAAAAAAACCGUUAUCACAAACCCUUAUCACAAACAAGUUACUAGAAUAGCUUUCUCAGUAAUCUUAACAUUUGUAUCUGUAUGUAUAAUUAAGUUAUAUUAAAUAGCUUGGCAUCUUCUAUGAUAAACAAUUUAAAAGGAUUCAGAUCAUUGUUCAUUAUUUUGGCUGAGAAAUUUUGAACAGAUUUUUCCUGUAAGUAAAUUUUUGGUCAAUUUAUUCCAGACAAAUUAUAUAAUUAAUAGUUCAAUUUUUUAAAAGGAUAUACCAUUAUUUUUUAUUUUUUUUGAAACUGAGACAUGGCAUUUUUUCUAAAAUGCAUUAAAUAUGAACAGGCAUAAACACAGUUUGUGUAUGAUUGUUUUUGUUCAUACCACGAUGAACGUAAAAGAAAUAACCGACAGUCCUUAAAUAGACUAAAUAGUAAAACUUUUGUUUUAAUUUCUUUUUGUAACACUGGCAUAUUAUUGCUUACAUUAUAGAAUAAGCAAUGUUAACUUGUAACACUGGCAUAUUAUUGCUUACAUUAUAGAAUAAGCAAUGUUAACUUGUUUUUCUUAGGUUUCACUGUAUUCAUAACAACUCUGUGUACUAUAAAUAUAUAUAAUCAUUGUUGAAAUAG